UAUUUAAUUCUUUCCUUUGUGGCCAUUUCUACUAUUUGCUUGCCAUUGAUCUUUCCUUUUUAUUUAUUUUUUCUUACCUACUUAAUUUGCCUCUAUUUUUAUUUAAAGUUUUCUCUCGAAAAUUAAUUUUUAAUUUUAAAAUAGCCAAGAAUAAUUUCCAGAAUUUUAUUUUCCACGAGAUAACUUUAAAAUAUUUUAAUUUGUAUAUUACACGUGCUUUUUAAUUUAAAAAUAUUUUAAUUAAAAAUUAUUUUCUUUUAUUGGAUUUAUCCAAAAUUGUUAUCUAUUUAUUUUUAUUUAUUCCAAAAUUAAUUUUUUAAUUUCUCAUUACAGAUAUGCCUUCAAUUAUCUUCUUUUUCAUUCAAUUUUUUCUAAUUAUUUUUGUUAUUUUUACUUCAAGGGUAAAUUCUUCUCAAUACGAGGAAAUUGAAAAUGACGGCAACUUUAAAUGGCCACAACAAUCUUCCCAAUCUAAACCUCAAAUAAUAACAAACAGAAAAGAUUCUUCAGAAAUUAAUUCAAACGAAGCAAUAUCCUCCUCAUCUUCAAAUGAAUACCAAAUAAAUAAAUCAACAAUUAAUAAAAGAAAAAAUAAAAAUAGGCCACAAAUUUAUUCUUCUGUUGAAUUUCUUUUUCCUUUACAAGAAGAAGAAAAUAAAAUUAAUGGAAGACAUGAAGGAAAAUUUAAAAUAAGGAAUGAUACGAGACAAUCGUAUAAUAAUUUUCAAGUUUCUACUGUUCCUUUGAUGAGGCUUACAAAGUGA